AUGACAGUGCUACCUGCUGCGGUAACUCGCCAGGGCAUUGUCGAUGUGCCAGGCGUUCGCACACGAUACGAAUCCCUCGACUCGAGCUCAGCUCAGAUGCCAGCUACGGAUCGGUCGACGCCAAUGUGCGUAGGUGAGUGGACGACGGGCUCCGAAGAUUUGAUCGAGGUCGUGCUGCGAUCUGCGCCAAUCAGUCGCUCGUUCGCAGCUGGCAUCGACUACCGACUACCGUCCGAGCGGUGCAUCCCGUUGUUGAAGCGCUCGUCUCGUUUUCGAGCUGUCUUCUCGCCAUUCGUCUGGGCGGCUCAGUACCAGCAGUCUCAGCAGCAGAGACAUGGCCAUCGACUGAGAAAGAGAUCGAUGCGUGAAGAAAUAGAUAGACGACGAGAUGGAACAACGUACGACCCCGGCCAGCAGGAAAAAGAGCCGGGCGGACGUGUUGCUGCGAGCUGGAGCCACUGCUUCUCCAGCACCUCCACCAUCUCUUUCAACAGUACACCAACAUCCCACGACGAGAGCACUCGAGCCAUCACGAGCGAACCACAGCCAGAAGUUCUUCCCAUGGACAUCACAGUGCACGUCGAAGUGCAGUACCACGCUCCGGCGAGUGCGGUCACGCGUGACGUGCUUGAGAUGUUCCGGUCAACCACGUGGGUGCGGUUCAUGAUGCGGUACGUGUCGCCGCGUCUCAAGAGCUCGUCCCCUGCUGACCAGUCGAUUCUGGACGAAUUGGAGAGCCAAGAGACUGCCGAGAUGCACGAGGGCGACGAGUGCGUCAUCUGCAUGAGCGAGAACCCGUGCGACGGCCACGUGCGACUGCCCUGUAGCCACUCGUUCCACUACCCGUGCAUCUCGUCGUGGCUGCAAACCCAGAGCACGUGUCCCGUGUGUCGCUUCCAGUUCCCCAAAGCGUUUACAGGCAAGUACGCCGUGCAGAAACUCAAGUCGGCCAUGGUGCUCUCGGAGGAGCAGACCAAGAUGCCACGCGCCGAGCUGCUCGCACUUGACAUUGGCAAGCAAGUCGUGCGUGCUGUCGUGAGCGUCACCCUUGUGAAAGUUGCGGCCGAGGCCGAGGACGAGCAGUUUCCAUGCGAACUCAGUGCGUGGAUGCUGGACCCGUCAGCAGGAGAGACUUUCUCCGAGCUCGAUUGCAAGUGA